CGGCCGCUCGGUGACAUUGCGUCCCUGCAGGUGCAGCGCCCGCCUCUCUGCUCCGGCCCCGCCUCCGCCCUGGAACGCAGCGCGCUCCGCCCGAGGCCUCCCGGCGGCCCAUACGGGAAUCGCGGAGCUUAGCUGACGGCACCUCGCGCCGGGUCCGCGCGGCCCACGGGACCCCCCCUGACGCCCCCGGCCCGCGGUCCACAUGGACGUGCGGGGCCCUGAAGCCCCCGGCGGGCGCGCGCUGCGGGACGCGGCAGAAAAUCUAUUUCAGGAACUUCAGGAACAUUUUCAAGCUCUGACGGCAACAUUAAACCUCAGAAUGGAAGAAAUGGGAAAUCGCAUUGAGGACUUACAGAAGAAUGUCAAUGACUUAAUGGUGCAAGCUGGCAUUGAAAAUUCAAUUAAAGAACAAAUGCUGAAGACCUAACUGCAGCAUGUCUGUAUUUGGAGAUGGGGCCUCUACAGAAGUCAUUAAGGUUACAUGGGUCCUGAGGGUGGGGCCCUCAUCCAACAGGAUUCGUCUUUCUGAGAAGAGACGCCAGGGGCUCGCCUGCUCUCCCCCCGUGCCUGCACCAGAGAAGGAGGCCAUCGGCAAGCCAAGGAGAGCCCUCCCCAGAAAUCACACGGACCAGCACCUUGAUCUGGGACUUCCAGAAAACAGAACUGUGAAAAGACAAGUUUCUGUUGUUUAAACCACCCAAUCUGAAGUAUUUUGUUAUGGCAGUCCUGGGCAGACUAAUACAAUAUGCAACACAUUUACAAUAAAUAUACAAUAAACUUACAAAUGUGGAAUGUAA